CUCCACUCUCCAGUCAAUCAGUCCAGGCAGCGGGGGAGAGGAAGUCAUGGCGGCUGCAAUCCAGAGCACGGUUGCUUCGGGGCUCGCUGCCGUUGCGCAGCUUCCAACCGACACUGCUGUUCCCAGGAGGCACAGCAGUGCCUCUUGCAUCACUUCGCGUAUCGGGCGGGACUCUGCAUUUGUGCCGCUAAACAGAUUGCAUGCUCAAACCCUAUGUAGACCGAUGACGGACGAGGGCAGGUCUAGCCGGGGUCCGGUUAGGGCACUUUUUGGAGGUGGUGGCAACGCUGAGGACAAGAAGAAAAAGGGCAUCAAGAGAGAAGAGGAGCCACAAGAAUACUUUCAGACGAAGGCUGAGCUUCAGGGAAAGAGUACCUUCGCGGAUCCUCUGGCCAUCAUCGGAGUUCUAUCGAUCUUCCUUCCGUUCAUUAUCCUGGGGGCCGCGUUUUCAGCAGGCUUGGUCAAACUGCCAUCUUAGAUUAGGAUCGACAAUCACUAGGCCUCUGAAUCACGGAAGAGUGUACGAGUGCUUGUGUUUGACAAGCUCGGCUUGCGUUGCUUAGAACUUUGGAAACUUCGAGUUGAUUUGUGGGUGCAUCGUCUCGGUGCUUUUCCAGCUUGAGGACUCUUACAGAUGUUGCCCGUCGGCCUCCAAUUCUAGCACUUAAUGUCUUGCCUCUUGGAUCACAACGAGGCCAUGUCUGCAGCAUAU